GCAUUAAUAUAAUAUUAGGGGCCGCUGAUGGUGAAAUCGUAGCAGAUCCUGAUGUUCAAAAAGCCGCUUUAAGGGUUAUUGUUAAUUGUGUUUGCGCCCCAAUAGUUCGGGUUGGGGGAAGUAUAGGUAGAUUUAGUUCAAACGCAACUCCAUCACCAAGUAAAAAAACAAAAAUGAAAAGUUCGGAAGAAUUGAUACAAAAAGUUUGGGAAAGUGUUCGAUCAAAUAGUGGAAUCAUGGUUUUAUUACAAUUGAUGAACACAAAAACUCCAAUAACAGACGCCGAUUGUAUUCGAACUUUAGCGUGUAAGGCUUUAGCUGGAUUAGCACGCUCAGAUACUGCCAGACAAAUCAUUUCCAAGUUAUCCAUGUUUACUAAUGGACAUCUUCAAACUUUAAUGCGAGAUCCAAUUUUACAAGAGAAAAGGCAAGAACAUGUUCUUUUUCAAAAGUACGCUUUGGAAUUAAUUGAGCGAUUAUCAGGAAAAACGAAGAGAGUUGGAAACGAAUUAGAUGCUUCAUUAAUAGAUAUUCAUAGGGCCAAUGUUGUUGCACAAACAAAAAUUCAAUUUAAUGAUCGUCAAUUACUUCAACUUAUUCACCAACAUUUGGUUUCAAAAGGUUUACCUGAUACAGCUAGUAUUUUACAAAAAGAAGCUCACUUAGCUAAUAUGACAUUAACAAAUGCGAUUCAUCAACCAUCUAAAUUUAGAUACACCACACCUGGAACUCCAAAUAGAAUGAGAUUAUCAUUUUCUUCACCGUUAACAACACACAGAUGUAAUAAUUCCCAAAUUCCGGAUUCUUCUGUGAUUAGUAAUCAAAUCAAUGGAGUUACAACAUCACCUGCAAUUAAAAUAAUAAAAAAAACUCUAUCAGUACAAAACACUCCACAACAAAAUUCUCGUCUACAAAAACAAAUUUCAAAUGAACCUCACAUAAAAGUUAAUCUACCAGUAGCUAACGAAGAUACCAAUCAAGCUGAUCAUCGAAUCACUUUAGAUUCAAUCAUCACCGAAUAUUUAACUAAUCAACAUGCCCUUUGUAAAAAUCCAAUGGCGACUUGUCCACAAUUCAAUUUAUUUAUACCACACAAAUGUCCAGACCCAAAACCAAGAAUAACCGCCGCAACGAAUUUUGCAAUCCGAUCUGCAAGACGACAAAUUGGUUAUGGUUGUAGAUCGAUGGAACGGAAGUUGAUACAUUCGCGAUUUUGUCCCGUUACUGUAAUUAGACUUCCAACUGAUGAUGGAUUUUUUACUUGUGCUCAAUUUGUGCCUGGCGGGCAAAGUAUAGUUGUUGGAGAUUAUUCCGGAGAAGUUCGCCUAUUUAAUUUACAUAACGGAAAUGAAGAAACCAUGUUUCAAGCGCACGAUAGCUACGUGGUUCAUUUAGAACCUUCGAGGGAUGGAAAGCUUUUACUUACAAGCUCUACUUGGGGGAAACCACUUUCUGCAUUAUGGGCAAUGAAUAACAAUGAUAUGAAAUAUGCAUUUGAUAUUGAAGAUUAUGUCGAAUUUAGUAAAACAACCCAAGAAAAAAUAAUUGGGACCAAAGGGGCAACUGCAACAAUAUAUGAUGUAUCAACUGGUUUAGAAGUCCAAAGAUUCAUAGCAACAAGUCAAAGCAAUCACUACACGAAAAACAAAGCGACAUUUAGUCAUAACGACGAGCUGGUCUUGUCGGAUGGUGUGCUUUUUGAUGUUGCCUCAGGUAAACAAAUCCAUAAACUCGACAAAUUAAAUCAAACCCAAAGCGGCGUCUUCCAUCCAAACGGUUUAGAAAUAGUCUCAAACACGGAAGUUUGGGACAUCCGUACGUUUCAUUUAUUAAAAACGGUCCAAUCUUUAAAUCAAUGCCAAGUUGUUUUUGCGCCAAUGAACAGCGCCAUCUAUGCGAUUGCAAUCGAACAAGAUACUGAAGAAGAUACAACUUUCGAUACGAGUUUUAAAACUUUAGAUGCUCUCGAUUAUUCUAGCGUAGCUACAAUUGACGUUAAACGAAAUAUUUAUGAUUUAGCGGUGAAUCGAUUUGAUACUCAAAUUGCAAUAGUUGAAAAUCAAGGUUUGUAUCAUUCAGUUCAAGAGUCUGUUGUUCGUGUUUACGACGUUGGUAGAAGGAAAGAUGAUGAAGAUGAUCAAGAGGAAGAAGAUGAUGAUGAGGAUUUAGAUGAAUCUGAUGACGAUGACGACGAUGGUAGCCCUAUUUUGAUGGAAAUGGCUGCUGUUGGUGAUAAUAACGAUAAUAUUGAAAAUAAUGAUGGUGAUGGUAAUGAAAAUGGAAAUGAUGGAAGUGGAAGCGAGUCGGAUUUUUGGACUGAUAUUUCCGGUGAUAGUGAUGACACUUAUGAGCCGGAUUCGUCAGGAUUAAGUAGCGCUUUAGAGGAUCUAUUAGGUUUUGAUGGCGAUGAUGAUUUCUAAUGUAAAAAAAAUAUUAACGUUUUAAAUUCUAAUCGAUUUAUUUUCGUGUUCUUUUCAUUUUUUAAGGUCAAUACAAUAAAGUAAUCAAAUAUAAGUCUAAAUUUUUGAAUGUGCGCAUGAAUCUUGAAUUUAUUUCUAUUGCGUGUUGAUUAUAUGGUCAGAAUAACUGUAUAUAGGAAAGAAUGAGGCGGAGUAUUUCUUUAUGUAAGCGGUUUGACUGUGAUUUUGAAGUUUUUAUGUUAAUAUGAAUGGAGUGUAGUUUCAAAAUUAAAAUGGCAUUUAAUUUAAUUUUCUUAU